AUGAAAUUCGGCCGCAAUCUGUCGCAAUUCACUGUUCCCGAGUGGAGCACCUCUUACAUAAAGUACAAGGCUCUGAAACGGCUCAUCAAAUCUGCUGCUGAACAGAUCAGAACUGGAGAAGAGGCGGAUUUGGCUGGACCCGGUGUUUUUCACCUUUGUGUUGGGCUUAUAGGCUUUUUCUAUUCUCUCGAUCGAAAUGUCGAAGAUGUUGAUUAUUUUUACAACAAGAAGUAUGCUGAGUUUACCCGCCGACUGAAACUGCUCGAGGAGCGUUAUGGAUACUCCAUGGAAGGUCGCCAUGCUCUCGAGCCCGAAGACCGACAUGACCUGCGCGAAGCGCUUUUGGAUUUGCGGUACCACUUACGCCGCUUACAAUGGUAUGGUGAAGUCAAUCGUCGUGGCUUCGUCAAGAUCACCAAAAAGCUGGACAAAAAGGUUGGCGCCCAGGCUCAAAAGCGUUAUCUAGAAACAAAGGUCGACCCCGCCCCCUUCGCCUCCAACGCACGCGUGUUUGAGGCCCAGGAUCGCAUCAAUGCUUGGAUGGCAAUUAUCACCGACCAGUCCAAGGCGGAAGAUAAAGUGGGAGAUGACUCAAGCUCCACCCAUUCUUCCCUAUCAUUGAAGCGUGGUCCGACUAGGCCCUAUCUCAACCUCCCCGCUAGCGUCGUCACUGCUGUCGAUGACGCACUUCGCAAGGACGACACUCACGUUUUACUGGAGCUUCUGGAGACCCUGAAAGCCACUGCGGAUGAGGCUGGGGAGACAGUCUAUUCGAAGGUUCUCAAGACCUUAAUACAGCGCUCCAUUCUUCAUCGAUCUCGGGCUGUUCUGGCCCUUCUGCUAAACCGAGUCGACACCCUGGAAGAAGAUGACGAUAUCAACAGACGCAACUGCUUACACCGUCUGGUCAUCUCUAUAGGUCGUGAGCAGUCUUCGGCCGACUCGGAGCCGGCGGCGUCCAUGGUGCUCAACUUCCCUCCGGAGACUACCCGGUACAUUACGCCUGCGGCGCCACCGACUCUUCAGCCGCCACGCGCUAUUGUCAAAGAAGAGCACAUGUCCCAGCAGUUGGGCCGCGACGAUUCAGCCGUCGCUCUCUUUGAAUUCCUGUUGAAAUCGCUGCGCCCAGACCAGCGGGAGUCUUUGAUGGCAAAAGAUAUAUCCGGACGUACUCCGUUGCACUACGCCGCCCAGUAUGGUUUCAAGGUGGUGUGUGAAGUGAUUAUUGAAUAUCUCAGAGAAUGGGACAUGUUCGAUGUCAGUGAUGGUAUAGAUGGCCCUCUCUGGCAGGACGACGACGGCUGGGCUCCUCUCCAUCUGAGUGUUGUGGGCGGCCACCCCAAGACCACCCGGUGUCUCUUGGAUUCCGAGGAACGAAAUGGCCCCAGCAAUGAACGAGUCAUAAUUAGAAAGCAGGUCUCCAAAUCUAGUGCAGUGUUGGCAUUGGCGACCAAGGCCAACUUUAUCGAUAUUGUGCAGCUCCUCGUGGAUGCCGGUGUUGAUAUCAAUUACCAGGACGAGCAGGGAGAGACUGCGUUGCACGUUGCCGCCCGAUUUGGCCAUGAUGAAUGUGCACAGAUUCUGCUCGAUGGCAAUGACGACCAGAAGGCAGACACGGAGCUGGCCGAGAAAACUUAUGGCUGGACGCCGCUCUUCAUUGCCUGUGUGGAUGGUCGCCUGGGUGUUGCGAAACUAUUGAUUGCCUCUGGUGCGGAUGUGGAUCGCUUCGACACCUCGGGGUGGACGGCUAAGGAACACGCAGCUUUGCGGGGCCAUCUGGACAUUGCCCGGUGUCUGGCGGAGGUGAGCCCAGGCGUUCCCACCACCGAUCUCGAUCUUUCAAGCUCCACUUCCAACAUCCGUGGUCUCGAGUCUUCCUCGCCCCCUGCUCAGUCAUCGCUCACUGAACGACGGUCGAAUGCGCCCGGAUCAUCUCCUGGGGGCUCCAAUAUACGCACCACUGAGCCUAUCAAGACUUUUGGCCACCGCUAUCUCACUGACGAGAGCAUGAUCUUGGUUAGCUUGGGAACAAUGGACAUGCGCCAGCCGCUCGAAACGGUCAGCCUUGACCGCAUCCCAAUGGAAAACGCGCACGCGACCCAGUUGGAUACAUCCUUGUCAAUGGUGGUAACCGCUAGUGGUGCUCAUGGUGAGCCGGAGGUGAUUGAUUUACCUGUGCAGGACAAUAUCUCUACCGAGCCAAUUGUCUUCCACACCACCGAUCCCAGUAAGGUGCGUUUACUCUUCGACCUUGUUCCCACCUACGCUGGAUCGAAGGAGAAGAUCGUUGGCCGGGGUGUGGCUUUGCUUUCCAGCAUCAAGCCAACUGUCGGGUCGCUCCGAAUCAAUCUCAAAGGUGAUUCCACCGUCCCGAUUGUUGCCGCGAACACUCUGGAGGUAAUUGGGUCUGUGACCUUCAACUUCCUCGUCAUCACCCCCUUCAAGCAUCCCAACAUGUCUAUCACUGGCAACCAGACUUAUUGGCGUUCCAUGAGCUCGACCAUGGUCAUCGGACAUCGUGGGCUGGGUAAGAACAUGGCAAGCCGCAAAUCCUUGCAGUUGGGCGAGAACACCGUCGAGUCUUUCAUCGCCGCCGCCAACCUUGGUGCCUCGUAUGUUGAGUUCGAUGUACAGCUCACCAAAGACCACGUGCCUGUUAUCUACCACGACUUUUUGGUCAGUGAAACGGGCAUUGAUGCGCCCGUUCAUACUAUGACGCUUGAUCAAUUCCUGGAGUUGGGCGUUGGACAUCGCCGCCGGCCUUUGCCUGGACCCGUGAAAAGCGACGGUGAGCUACCAGAUCUUGGUCCCCGUCAGCGCUCAAUGUCGGUCGGCGGCUCUGAGUACAACCCUGCCGAAUUGACUGAGAAAAUCAAGCACACCCGCGACUUCAAGAAGAAGGGAUUCAAGGGCAAUACCCGCGGCGAGCACAUUCAGGCACCAUUUGCCACAUUGGAGGAGCUGUUUAGGAAGAUUCCGAAGCCCGUCGGAUUUAACAUCGAAUUGAAGUACCCCAUGCUCCAUGAGAGCGAGGAAGAAGAGAUGGACACUUACGCAAUUGAACUCAACUCCUUUGUCGACACCAUCUUGACCAAGGUGUACGACUUGGGAGGCGGCCGCGACAUGCUGUUCUCCAGCUUCAACCCCGAUAUCUGUCUGCUCCUGUCUUUCAAGCAGCCUUCCAUCCCCGUCCUGUUCCUCAGUGACGCAGGUGCCUCCCCUGUGGGUGACAUCCGCGCCAGCAGCUUACAGGAGGCGAUUCGGUUCGCCUCGCGGUGGAACCUUCUUGGCAUAGUCACCCAGGCUGAGCCAUUAGUCCUCUGCCCACGGUUGGUUCGUAUCGUCAAAGAAUCCGGUCUUGUGUGUGUCUCUUACGGAACGCUCAACAACGACGGAAACAACGUCGACUACCAAGUCGCCGAAGGCAUUGACGCCGUCAUUGUGGAUUCCGUGCUUGGCAUCACCAACGGUCUCAUUCAGCGCCAGAACAAGGGUGAGCGCACACCCGGCCCGUCACCCAACCCCUCGGCGGUCAGUGACCAUGCUGCGGACGCUGCUAAGGGAGCUGUCCGAGUCCCGGUUCUCGAACAGGUGAAGCAAACACACCUCUCUCCAAAUGUGAAUCCUGCGACUGUUCUCUGA